GCGGACGUGGGGUGGCGACGCCGAGGCCGACGGGCAGCCAGACAACCCGCGAGCGCAUCCCCCGAGCGCGCGGGCAAGCGCCGCGCCGGAAUUAGGCCGGGGAGGAGAGGGUAAGUGAAGGUCUGGAGGCACCAGGGCGCGAGCGGAGAUAGCGAGCACCCGGCGUCCGGAGCGCCAUGGGUGGUUGCUACUCCGCCAUCGCGGCCACCAAGCUGAAGAUGCUCCGCUGCGGAGGCCGUGGCGCCGCCGCCGUCAUCCCUGUCACCAGCCGCGACAUCGGCCCGUGCUGCUCCCCGGACCACGACGGCAACGUCGUCACCGCCAAGAAGAGGAAGAAGAAGGGCAGGAAGGGCAAGAAGCGCGCCUCCAUCCUGGGCGACGCCGGCGCCGUGGACCCGGACUUCGCGCGGCGGUACCGGCUGGGCGCGGAGCUGGGGCGCGGCGAGUUCGGCGUCACGCGGCGGUGCGAGGACGUCGCCACGGGGGAGGCCCUGGCGUGCAAGACGCUCCGGCGGAAGCGCCUGCUGCUGCGCCGCGCCGGGCCCGACGCGGACGACGUGCGGCGCGAGGUGGAGAUCACGCGCCGCAUGUCGGAGCUGGGCGCGGGGCGGGUGGCGCGCCUCCGCGAGGCGUGCGAGGACGACGACGGCGUGCACCUCGUCAUGGAGCUCUGCGAGGGCGGUGAGCUCUUCGACCGCAUCUUCGAGCGGGAGCACUACUCCGAGCGCGCCGCCGCAAAGCUCGCCCGCACCAUCGUCGAGGUCGUGCAGCUGUGCCACGAGAACGGCGUGAUGCACAGGGACCUGAAGCCGGAGAACUUCCUGUUCGUGAACAAGUCGGAGGACUCGCCUCUCAAGGCCAUCGACUUCGGCCUCUCCGUGUACUUCAAGCCUGGGGAUCGGUUCACCGAAGUGGUUGGCAGCGGGUGUUACAUGGCUCCAGAGGUUCUCAAGAGAAACUAUGGGCCAGAGAUAGAUGUGUGGAGCGCUGGCGUCAUCCUGCACAUCCUUCUCUGCGGAUUCCCUCCGUUCUGGGGAGAUUCCGACGAGAAAAUUGCGCAGUCAAUACUCAGGGGAGGAAUUAACUUACAGAGGGAUCCAUGGCCCAAGGUCUCCCAGAAUGCAAAGGACCUUGUCAAGAAGAUGCUUGACCCGGAUCCUCGCACGCGGUUGACGGCAAAGCAAGUCCUUGAGCACCCUUGGCUAAAAAAUGCCGAUAAGGCUUCAAAUGUGUCACUCGGGGAGGUUGUUCGAGCCAAGCUGAAGCAGUUCUCGUCCAUGAAUAAGUUCAAGAAGAAGGCACUUGGAGUCGUCGCCAUGAAUUUACCGGUGGAAGAGAUUGACAAAUACACUCAGAUGUUCAAUACGAUGGACAAGGACAAUGAUGGUAAUUUGUCACUUGAGGAGCUGAAGGAGGGCUUCCGGAUAAACGGUCAUCCUGUUCCAGAGGAAGAGAUAAAAAUGCUGUUAGAAGCGGGUGAUAUACAUGGGAAUGGAACAUUAGAAUGUGAAGAAUUUGUAACAGUUUUACUUCACAUUAAAAAGAUGAAUAAUGAUGAGUAUCUACCUAAAGCUUUCAAGUUCUUCGACAAAGAUGGGAAUGGUUUCAUUGAAAUGGAGGAGUUGAUGGAGGCUCUAGGUGAUGGUGAACUAAAGCCUAAUGGGCAAGUGGUUAACGAUAUUAUUCGUGAAGUUGACAAAGAUAAGGAUGGUCGUAUCAGCUAUCCAGAGUUCGAAUCGAUGAUGAAAGGUGGAUCAGACUGGAGGAAUGGCUCUAGGCGGUAUUCAAGAGCAAAUUUUGAUAGCCUCAGUCAUAAGCUGUGCAAAGAUAUUUUAUGACAAGACAGUAGGUUCCAAACAGCACUUAUUGACUGACAGUACCACGCCCUCAACUAAAGAGCAAGUAUCAGAAGACAAUGCAAAAGCAGGAAUACUGGGUUAAAGGAGACCCCAAUAUCCCAGUUGCAUGCUUGACAAACUUCAUCAAGCAGCAAACCCUCUGGCAUUUGUCCUUUGUUCUGGAAGCAGAUUGUACAAUUCCUAGAUACAUAUCCAUGACCUAGAUAUAGACAGAUGCAAGGAAUCCCCAGCAUCCAUGCAAUCCACUAACCAAAUUUUGACAUUUUACUACCAUAUCAAAAUUAAAAAAAAAACUGUCCAAUUGAAUGUCUAGAAUCAAAAACAGAAACCCCAACUUAAACAGAUCAAAGAGCUUCAAGUUGCCAAGAGGAAGAACGGUAGUUUUGCUUAAUCAAUAUUUGUACAAAAAAAAUUGGAGUACACAGUAACACAGCACCAUGAACUGUGAUGAAUUAAUCUGAAACAAAUUAGAGUAAAUGGCACGACUUGAAAGCUAAGUAUAAAUUUUCUUAUGUGCAAUUCAAUAGUUCUGUAUUGAAAAAACAUACAUUGUGUGACUAAACAACUACAUAAGAUAAAGAAAGUCGUCUCGAAAAUUAGCUGUCAAGGCAUAAAAAAAAGUCCUAGUUUUGAACCAUAUUGGAGACAACAGAAGUGUGCAUCGCAAAAACAUGAUUAUAUUUUAUAAAAAUAUAAUUCGCCCAAAAUAUUUACCA